AUGCAUCUCACCAACCUCAAGCUCCUCGCCCUCUCCACCCUCGCCACCCUCUCCACCUGCCAAUCCACCAUUCCCUGGAAAGUCAAGAACUUCAACGUUCAUCAUGUCCCAGGGACUAUGAUUGGAGUGUAACCUUUCCUCUCCCUUUUCCUCCCCCAUCUUCUUCCAUCUCACUGAUGGGCAUGAAAAUCCAGAUGGAGCUUCGACAUCAACGACGACAGUCCCGCCCCCUACGGCUUCAAAACCAAAUGCACAUACUACACCACGGCGGCCCCACACUUCGCUAUUGAUGCCGCACCGGUCAAGGUCGCGUGCGAGGAUAAGAGCGUGGUUUUUACGUUUGAGCAGCCGGUUUUGAGGAGGGAUUUUGUGUUGAGUGUUUUGCAUACUUGGGGGGGUUGUGGGUAUGUUUUUUUUCUUCUUCUUUGCCUUCUCCUUAUUCCUUUUCCUUAUUUACUUGUCACUUAUUACUUUCUUGGUUUCUGGAUUGGAGUUUGGCAGAAUGGGAUGGGAAGAAAUACUGAUACGGAAACGGUCAUAGAACCUCCUCCCAAUUAGGCUGCAUCGAUAUCGGCUUCUGGACGUUUAGUGAAGACGACGUUCGAGGUCAGCUGUUUGAUAAGGAUGGGGAGUCGGUGAAGGCGGAUUUCAUGAGGAGUCAGUUGAUGGUUUACCCGCAGAGGUUUGUUACGGAGGAGAGGACCAAGGAGAUGGUUCGGGCGUUGGAGGGGCAGGAUGUGGAUGCGGGGGAGGAGUGGAGUUCGGUUUGA